AUGACGGUGCUGGUAACUGGCCCUACGGGGUUCUUGGGGCGCCGAGUGGUACAGAAACUGAUUGACCACAGUUAUCAAGUGCGCUGCCUGGUCCAUAGUCCCGGGGGAGAGCGGAUCUUUCCCCAAGGUUCAGUGGACGUCUAUUAUGGAAACAUCAACGACGUUGAAGCCCUGACUACCGCCUGCAAUGGUGUAGAGCAAAUCAUCCAUAUGGUGGCGGUGAUACGCCAAGGGAGAAACACCACUUUCGACAGUAUUAACCGUGCCGGUGUAGAGGAUGUUGUGGCCGCGGCUAAAGCUGCAGGAAGCGUCGAACAGUUUGUUCAUGUGAGUGCAGUAGGAGCCAUCAACAACCCCGAAUUUCCUUAUCUUCAAAGCAAGUGGCAAGGAGAACAGGCGGUCAUUAACAGCGGACUUUCCUAUACCAUUGUUCGUCCCUCCAUAAUUUUUGGCGAAGGGGACGAGUUUCUUAACUCCCUUGCGGCUUUGGUAAGGUUGUUUCCUUUGGUGCCCGUGAUAGCCAGCGGGCGCAAUCGUUUGCAGCCGAUAUGGGUUGAAGACGUUGCCCAAUGCAUUGCCCUGUCGCUUAGCAGGCACGACCUGCAAGGCCACACCCUGGAAUUGGGCGGCCCAGAACAAUUAAACUACAAUCAGGUCGUUAGCCUUGUUGCACGUGCGAUGGACAAGCGAAGGCUUCGCCUGCAUGUUCCAAUGUGGGCAAUGCGGAUUAGUGUGGCUUUCAUGCAAGCCUUAAUGGCCCGUCCACCGAUAAAUUCGGAAAUGCUAAAGAUGAUGCGUGUUCGCAACGUGGCUGAGAUGGGAAUGGUUGAACAAACUUUUGGGUUUACGCCAAGACCUCUGGAAGGGAUCAUUAAUAGCAUGGCACGUGUAGAGGAAAUCGUGACCUACCAACAGGCAGUAGAUUACCUGCUGGCCUUGGUGGACCACGAGCGGCGGGCGCCUUCCCUGCCCCGACAAAAGCGGAUCUACGAUCUGCAGCGUGUAACCGAUCUGCUACGGGCGCUGGGCAAUCCCCAUUUGUGCGCCAAUACGGUUCAUAUAGCCGGCACCAAGGGAAAAGGCAGCACGGCAGCGAUGGUAGAGUCGGUCUUGCGCGCCGCCCGUUACCGCACCGGAUUCUAUUCCUCACCGCAUCUUCACACUUUCCGUGAACGCAUCCGAUACAAUGGCAGUCCCGUAAGUGAAGAAGUCUUUGCAGCUCUCGUCAAUCAAUUGUCUGCCGCGGCGUCGAAGUUGGAAGAGGAUACUGAACAGGGGGCCGUUACGCUGUUUGAGUUCAUGACUGGGAUGGCGUUUCAGUGCUUCGCCACGAAUUUGGUGGACUUUCAGGUCAUUGAAGUGGGUCUGGGUGGUAAGUUGGAUGCUACAAACGUAGUUGAACCGCAAGUUUGUGCCAUCACAUCGGUAAGCCUGGACCACAUGGCCGUACUGGGUGACACAAUUGAGGAGAUAGCUGCCGACAAGUCCGGAAUUAUCAAACGAGGCAUUCCAGUUGUGGCGGCGCCUCAAUGUUCUGAAGCUCGGGAAGUUAUCGCAGAAACAAGUAGUGACAAAAGCGCACCAUUGGUAGAGGUUGGGAGGGACAUUACCUGGGAACUUCUAGAAGCGGACAUGAACGGGCAGACAGUUAACAUAAGGGGUCGGCUGGACAGUUACCGGGUGCGAGUCCCACUCUUGGGAGAAUAUCAACUUGAAAACGCCGCUACUGCGAUAGCAAUUUUGGAGUGUUUGGUCGAGCAGGGACAUACCAUAGGUGGGGAUUCCAUUGCUGCGGGCAUUUCCGAAGCAAGGUGGCCUUGUCGCCUCGAACUUCUGUCCAGGGACCCGAUAAUAGUGGCCGAUGGUGCACACAAUGUUUACUCCAUGGAGAAGAUGCUGGCAACACUUAAGCGGUAUUUCGGCAGUCGCAGGGUGGUGGCCAUUGCCGGCUUCUCACGGGACAAGAGUGUAGCUGGCAUGGUAGAGGCAUUGGCUUCAAAGGCUGACGUGGUUAUAGCCACUCGUUCCCGCCAUCCACGGUCAAUGUCAGUGCCUUCCCUUGCAGAUAUAAUGCGUGGUGCCGGAAUCGCAAAAGUAAGGCAGGCUGAAAACGUUGCAGAUGCUUUGGAGUAUGCCAAACAGGAAGCUGGUUCAGGUGACUUGAUACUGGGAACGGGGUCUCUGUUCGUGGCAGCAGAAGUCCGUGAAGCAGUGUUGGGCAUAAAACCGGAACUUUACCCCGAUUUAUUGCCGCCUGACUUGCGCUAG